AUGUUUUUUAUCUUCCCUGGACACUCGAGAGGAGAGAUUGGCAAGAAUAUGUAUCCUUUUUUUGUCAACCCCACACCGCCACCACAUCCAAUCGUCUACAGUACGACACCAGUCUCCAGCGUGCCUGCCGUUGCUCAACCACCAGACGAUGAAUCGGACGGAGAACCUGCAUCAACUACAGCGACAUCGCUUUCUAGGCAUCCACAACAUGCAGCUCCCGUUCAAGGAACACCAAUUUGCUACCCACCUUAUCCAAUGGGUAUGCAACCCUAUCCACAGCAUAUGGUCGUACCAGCACCUGUAAAUCUUACUCCCAAACCUAGUUUAUUCCCUCGUUUUUACUAG